AGAGAUAGAUAGAUAGAGAGAGAGAGAGGUGGCACUGGUUCUCCUGCUCUUGCCUCUGCUUAGCCAAUCAAACACAAACAAACCCAGCAACCCACGCCGACUAUCGAUUUGCCAGCACAUGUUAAUUUUCCUCUAGGUUCUUUUCUUUUUCCAACGCUCUGCUUUCCAUUCCUUUCUUUCGUUUUUUAUUUUCUCAACACCCCCCGCUCAUCCCUCCCUCCCUCCCUCUCUCAUCCCCUGUUUUCUGUCGCUCCGCUCGUCUCUCGCUCCUUCUCGGCUGUCGCUCCGAGCCUGACUUGUGGAGCAUGUGGGAGAGCUGAGGCACUUUGUAAAGCCAGCAAGCUGAAAGAGUUGCAGAGAGAGAGAGAGAGAGAGAGAGGGAGAGAGAGAGAGAGAGAGGUGGGGGGGAGAGGGAGAGAGAAGGAGAGGGAAAGGGAGAGAAGUGUGGCUGUGUCGGGUGUUGGUGCGCACUCACGCUCACUCUCACACACACACACACCCUCUGGGUUUCCUCGCGCUCAUUUCUACAUGCGCGCAUGUGUUUGUGACUGUGCAUGUGCAUGUGUGUGUGUGUGUGUGAGAGAGAGGGAGUGUGUGUGAGUGAGUGUGUGUGCGCUCUCGUGUUUGUGGGUGAGCGUCUGUGUGUGCGCUCUCGUGUUUGUGAGUGAGAGCGUGCGCUCUGGUUCCUGUUGGAGAGGCGCGCUUGUGGCUCAGCGCUGGUCCAGACGCUUUCGUCUGUUGUCAUCUGCCUCUUUUGUGCGCACACUUCUCUCUCUCCCUCUCCCUCUCUCUUUUUUCCCUCUCUUUUUCUCUCCGUGAUCUUUUUCCUUUUUUUCCUUUCAUCCAACGGCGUACCCCCCCCCAAUUGACACCUUCAACCCUGCCAGUAUAACGGCAGCAGUAGCAGUAGGUAGCAGCAGCGGUGGUUGCUCGUCCUAACCCCCCACCUUCAUGACGGAUUAACUGGCCACAGAGAACUUUCCGGAGGCUUCCCCAACAUCAUCAUCAUCAUCAACCGAGAUGAGUGAGGAGCACAGGGAUCCCAAGCCUGGCAGCAGCAAGUCCACGCACCGCAAGAAAAAAGGGAAGAAGACGGACAGCAAUGCCAGCUAUCUACGAGCAGCCAGGUCGGGUAACCUGGAGAAGGCCCUGGACUACCUGAAGAAUGGGGUCGACAUUAAUAUCUGCAACCAGAAUGGGUUGAAUGCGCUGCACCUGGCCUCUAAAGAGGGCCACACGGAGGUGGUGUCUGAGCUCAUCAAGCUUGGGGCCUCAGUAGACGCUUCCACAAAGAAAGGGAACACAGCCCUUCACAUAGCCUCACUGGCCGGCCAGGGAGAAGUGGUGAAAGAGUUGGUGACCAACGGGGCCAACGUGAAUGCACAGUCACAGAAUGGCUUCACUCCCCUGUACAUGGCGGCCCAGGAGAACCAUAUGGAGGUGGUGCAGUAUCUCCUGGACAACGGCUCCAGCCAGGGCAUCGCCACUGAGGAUGGCUUCACUCCCCUGGCAGUGGCGCUUCAGCAGGGCCAUGACCAGGUGGUGUCCCUGCUGCUGGAGAACGACACCAAGGGCAAGGUGCGGCUGCCUGCCUUGCACAUCGCUGCCCGCAAGGACGACACCAAGGCGGCUGCCCUGCUCCUGCAGAGCGACCACAACGCCGACGUGGAGUCCAAGAUGAUGGUGAAUAGAACGACUGAGAGCGGCUUCACUCCUCUUCAUAUCGCUGCUCAUUAUGGUAACAUCAACGUGGCAACGCUACUGCUCAAUCGAGGAGCCGCCGUGGACUUUAAAGCCAGGAAUGACAUCACCCCGCUGCAUGUGGCGUCCAAGAGGGGAAAUGCGAACAUGGUCCGCCUGCUGCUGGAGCGAGGCGCCAGGAUCGACGCCAGGACCAAGGACGGCUUGACUCCUCUGCACUGUGCGGCGCGGAGCGGUCAUGAGCAGGUGGUGAUGAUGCUGCUGGAGAGAGGCGCUCCCAUCCUCUCCAAAACCAAGAAUGGCUUAUCUCCACUGCAUAUGGCAACGCAGGGCGACCACCUGAACUGCGUUCAGCUCCUCCUCCACCAUGAUGUGCCGGUGGAUGACGUCACGAAUGACUACCUGACGGCACUGCAUGUGGCGGCCCACUGCGGACACUACAAGGUGGCCAAAGUCAUCGUGGACAAAAAGGCCAACCCCAACGCUAAAGCACUGAAUGGUUUCACGCCGCUCCACAUUGCCUGCAAGAAGAACCGUAUCAAAGUCAUGGAACUACUGCUGAAACACGGAGCAUCCAUCCAGGCUGUGACAGAGUCUGGUCUCACGCCGAUCCAUGUGGCUGCCUUCAUGGGCCAUGAGAACAUUGUGACUCAGUUGACCAAUCACGGAGCCUCGCCAAACACAGCCAACGUGAGGGGAGAGACGGCGCUGCAUAUGGCUGCCAGAGCGGGACAGGCGGACGUGGUCAAGUUCCUGGUGAAGAAUGGGGCCUGUGUGGAGGCCAAGGCCAAGGACGACCAGACGCCGCUGCACAUCGCCAGUCGACUGGGGAAGCCGGACAUAGUGCAGCAGCUGCUCCACCACGGCGCAUCCCCAGACGCCACCACCAACUCCGGCUACACGCCCCUCCACCUGGCCGCCCGCGAGGGGCACAAGGACGUGGCCUCAGUUCUCCUCGACCAGGGGGCCUCGCUAGAGAUCACCACUAAGAAGGGCUUCACGCCCCUGCAUGUGGCAGCCAAAUAUGGGAAGAUCGAGGUGGCCAACCUGCUUCUGCAGAAGAAGGCUCCACCGGAUGCUGCCGGAAAGAGCGGUCUAACCCCCCUGCAUGUGGCAGCUCACUAUGAUAAUCAGAAAGUGGCUCUGCAGCUGCUGGACCAGGGAGCCUCACCGCACGCUGCAGCCAAGAACGGCUACACGCCGCUGCACAUCGCGGCCAAGAAGAACCAGAUGGAGAUCGCCACCACGCUGCUGGAGUACGGCGCGGACACCAACGCGGUGACGAAGCAGGGCAUCAGCCCCGUGCACCUGGCCUCCCAGGAGGGCAACGUGGACAUGGUCACCCUGCUGCUGGCACGCGAUGCCAACCUCAACCUGGGAAACAAGAGUGGGCUGACGCCGCUGCAUCUGGCGGCCCAGGAGGACAAGGUGAACGUGGCAGAGGUACUCUUCAACCACGGAGCCACCCUGGAUCCCGAGACUAAGAUGGGCUACACCCCGCUGCAUGUGGCGUGUCACUAUGGCAACGUGAAGAUGGUGCACUACCUUUUGAAGAACCAGGCUAAAGUCAAUGCCAAGACCAAGAAUGGCUACACUCCUCUCCACCAGGCGGCCCAGCAGGGCCACACUCACAUCAUCAACCUGCUUCUGCAGUAUGGGGCCUCUCCCAACGAGCUCACCAUGAAUGGCAACACGGCUCUGUCCAUCGCCAGGCGGCUGGGCUACAUCUCGGUGGUGGACACGCUCAAGGUCGUCACCGAGGAAACGCUGACCAAGGUGACGGUCACUGAGAAACAUAAGAUGAAUGUCCCGGAAACCAUGAAUGAGGUCUUGGACAUGUCUGACGACGAAGUGCGUAAAGCCAAUGUACCCGAAUUGCUCAAUGAAGACUAUAUUUCAGAUGUUGAUGAAGGUGACGAUGCAAUGACGGGUGAAACGGACAAGUACCUGGGUCCACAGGACCUGCGAGAGCUGGGAGAUGACUCGCUACCCCAGGAGGGUUAUGUGGGCUUCAGCAUCGGUGCGCGGACGGCGAGCCUGCGCUCCUUCAGUUCGGACAGGUCCAACACUCUCAACAGGAGCUCCUUCACUCGCGACAGCAUGAUGAUCGAGGAGAUCUUGGCCCCCACCAAGGACACGCAUCUUGCGUCUGCCAGGGAGCAUGACUCGGACUCCCUGAGGCGCUACAGCUGGACGGCAGACGCCUUGGACAAUGUCAACCUGGUCUCCAGCCCCAUCCACUCAGGGUUCCUGGUGAGCUUCAUGGUGGACGCCCGGGGCGGCUCCAUGCGGGGAAGCCGGCACAACGGUAUGCGCAUCAUCAUCCCGCCGCGCAAGUGCACGGCGCCCACCCGCAUCACCUGCCGCCUGGUGAAGCGCCACAAGCUGGCCUCCCCGCCGCCCAUGGUGGAGGGCGAGGGCCUGGCCAGCCGUCUGGUGGAGGUCGGUCCGGCAGGAGCUCACUUCCUUGGGCCUGUCAUUGUGGAGAUCCCCCAUUUUGGAUCCAUGAGGGGGAAAGAGCGUGAGCUGAUCGUGCUGAGGAGCGAUAAUGGGGAGACGUGGAAGGAGCACCAGUACGACUGCAAGAUAGACAAUCUCAACCAGCUGCUCAACGGCAUGGAUGAAGAGCUGGAGAGCAAUGAGGAGCUGGAGAGGAAGAGGAUCUGCCGCAUCAUCACCAAGGAUUUCCCACAGUACUUUGCGGUGGUGUCACGCAUCCGGCAAGAGAGCAACCAGAUGGGCCCGGAAGGCGGGGUGCUGUCCAACAAGUCCAUGCCGCUGGUCCAGGCCACCUUCCCAGAAGGCGCGCUCACCAAGAAGAUCAGAGUGGGACUGCAGGCCCAGCCGGUGCCAGAUGAGAUGGUGAAGAAGAUCCUUGGCAACAGGGCCACCUUCAGCCCCAUCGUCACCGUGGAGCCGCGCCGCAGGAAGUUCCACAAGCCCAUCACCAUGAUCAUCCCCGUGCCUCCGCUCUCCGGCGAGGGAGUCACCAACGGUUACAAGGGCGACUCCACCCCUUGCCUACGCCUGCUGUGUAGCAUCACUGGUGGCACGUCUCCAGCCCAGUGGGAAGACAUCACUGGGACGACCCCACUCAACUUCAUGAACGACUGUGUGUCCUUCACCACCAACGUCUCAGCCAGGUUUUGGUUGGCAGACUGCCACCAGAUCCCAGAGACAGUGGGCCUGGCCACUCAGCUGUACCGCGACCUCAUCUGCGUGCCCUACAUGGCCAAGUUUGUGGUCUUUGCGAAGAUGAACGACCCUGUGGAGUCCAGCCUGCGCUGCUUCUGCAUGACCGAUGACAAAGUGGACAAGACGCUGGAGCAGCAGGAGAACUUUGAGGAAGUCGCACGCAGCAAAGACAUAGAGGUUUUGGAGGGAAGACCCAUCUACGUGGAUUGCUAUGGCAACCUGGCUCCUUUGACCAAAGCUGGCCAACUGCUGGUUCUGAACUUCUACGCUUUCAAAGAGAACCGUUUGCCAUUCUGCGUCAAGGUUAGAGACAACAGCCAGGAGCCUUGCGGACGGCUGUCCUUCCUGCGAGAAAGCAAGCCUAAGGGUAUCCCACAGACAGCCGUUUGCAAUUUAAAUAUCACACUGCCAGCACUCAAGAAGGAUAUGGAUUCAGAUCCUGAUGAAGAGACUGAAAAACCAGAAAGACGUCACACCUUUGCCUCUCUAGCCUUGCGUAAGCGCUACAGCUAUCUGAGCGAGCCUGCCACGAGCCCUCAGAGCCCUUGUGAGAGGACAGAUUUGCGCAUGGCCAUUGUGGCUGAUCACCUCGGCCUGAGCUGGACAGAGCUGGCCAGGGAAAUGAAUUUCUCUGUGGAAGAAAUCAAUCACAUCCGGGUGGAGAGCCCCAACUCUCUGACCACUCAGAGCUUCAUGCUCCUAAAGAAAUGGGUUCGACGUGAUGGUAAAAAUGCCACAACGGAUGCCUUAACUGCAGCCCUGAAUAAGAUCAAUCGGAUGGAUAUUGUGACAUUGCUGGAAGGGCCAAUAUUUGACUAUGGUUACCACAACAUCGAUCUGGAGAUGCAGAGCCCCACAGAGUUGAACUAUGAGCCCCCCACUCCGCUCCGUCACGAUGAUUUCUUUAGCCUGGACCCCGCUAGUUUAGACCCCUCGCAUAGCAGUACCCCAGUUAGGCCCAGCAACCUCUCCCUGCCAGGAACCCCCGCCAGCCCCAGCAGUGGCAGCCCUUCAUCCAGGGACAACAUCCAGCCGCCCACGGUGGUGGCCGAGGACACCUCCCUGGACAGCCAAGGCGGUGGUGGCUUUGGGGCCCAGGGUCUGGAGGACUUCUCCACGGAAGAGGACAACAUCGCCGCCACGACAGGGCCAGAAGCGCCAGCAGGGCCGCACAGGGGCGGGGGCGGGGGCAGUGCCCCCCUCGGCGAGGCUGAGAGGGAGAAGGAGGCAGUGAUCGCGGCGGUGGCCGCCAUGGCGCGGGAGUCGGACGAAUUGGCGUCCGCGGCGGCAAACCUCCGCCCGCAGGCAGCCGCGGUGGUGGCGGCGGCGGUGGCAGCAGCAGCGGCCGACGUGGAGGCAAGCAUCAGGUCUGGUCAUGCAGAGGAACACAAGAAGGAGAGAGAGAUGGAGGAGAAAUUGGAGGAGGAGGAGGAGGAGGAAGAUGGUGAGAUGACGCAGGAGAAGCUAAAGUCCCUGCUGGGAGACAUUAAACUGGAGGAAGGCUCAGAGGACGAGGAGAUGACGGAGGAGAAGGUGCAGCAGAUCCUCUCACAGGUGCAGCAGGCAGAAAAAGACUUGUCUUCCCUUGCAGGUUGGCCAGACGAGUCCACCAUCGAGGCAGCAGCUGCCGGGGAGAGCUCAUCGGCGGCAGCAGCAGCAGUAGCAUUAGCAACAGAAGGGGCCUCCAAGACACAAGACGACACAGAGGCCACUGAACAACAACAGAAAAGCAGCCAGGAGACCUCUACAGGCGUGAAGCAAAACGGACAGCACAGCACAGCCCCAGAGGAGGCCGCAGAGGAGCCGCAGAGCCAACCCGAACCGACCAGGGCGGCACCAGAGGACAGCUCGGUCGGAACCAGCAGCAAGGAGGCCGAGAGCUCCACUGUGUCUGGAAACCAAGCACAGGCUGGGGCUCGCAGAGCCGUUGACAGCAGCUCUGACGAUGAGCACACCAUCACCACGCGCGUGUUUCGCCGCAGGGUGAUCCUCAAGGGUGACCAGGCCAAAAACAUACCUGGGGAAACCGUGACGGAGGAGCAGUUCACAGAUGAGGACGGAAACAUUGUCACCAGAAAAGUCAUCCGCAAGGUCAUCCGUCGCUCCACCCCCACCGAGGAGGGGGGCAGCAGAACCAAGAGCAAGCGCAAGCGGGGUAAAGGCCGCCAGGCCUCUAAGGCCGAGAACGCCGAAGAGGAACAGGGCAAGGUCCCAGCAGCCGGCCCCGUGCAACAUCACCCUUCCCGAAGAGAGCGGCAAGAGUCCGAAGGAUCUGAGGGAAAGAAGAAGGGCAAGGGGAAAAAAGGUCAAUCAUAACAGUCACAAGCACCACAUGAUUUGAUAUCGUCUCAUAAUUCUUUUCCUGGAAGGGGGAAAUCACUGGAAAUCCGCUGACGGGGAGGCAUCGUCUCUAGUGUCCACAAUCUACAGCUUUUUCACAUUAAAAAAACACACGCAUUGACUUCAGCAAGGAGAAGACGGCAUCUUCUAAGUUCCUUAAACACUUUUCUUUCCGCAUGAGCAUGACAAAGGAGAAAAAAAAUGAAAAUAAUUCUUAAAAGGAGACACUCGUUUCUGUCAAACAACAAUGCAAGAGCGGUAAAAAAAACCCACUCACAACAACACACCCUACAGGUAACGUCAGGUUGGUGGAAGUUUGAGACACUCGCUUCUACAGUCUACUGGUACCGGUGCAUCGUACCAGUAUGGUGCAUCACAAGAAUCUCCACAGCAACGCAAACCCCCUCCCCAAAGCAAUUUUUCCGUGACCAAAGAUGGCACAACUUUUAAGCAGUACCGAUAACAUAGAGAUGGAGAGAUAGAAAGAAAGAGAGAGAGAAAGAGGAGCACUGAAAUCACCUUCAACACUCGCCUUACGUUUGAUCCUUUUUGGACCCAUGAUGUCGGGAUGUAUAAUGCUGUUGGAUUUUAUUUUAUUUUUGUUUUGUUUUCAGUUUCUUCCUUUCUUUUGAGAUUUUUUGUAUAUAAAUUACACUGUAUAAAUUCUUUUGAAAAAAAAAACUAAAAAAAAUAAGUAAGCAAAAAAAGUAAGCUCACAAAUUGUUGAUGCACUGUCAAGAGAGCUUUUCAGAUAUGAUAAAGAUACAAAAAAAUGAAUUGCCAAUGUUGAUUCCAACAAUAAGGAAAGGCUUGGGUCUGACUUGCAAAAUUGUUAGCAACCUGAAUAAAAGAAGUUUGUAAAUGACACAAAAAAGCUAACUUGAUUUUAACAGCAAGCGUUUCUUUCAGUAUAACACUGCAACUAUCCUCAACACGACACAACUUAAAAACAACGGGAACAGCAUUUAGAGGUCUUCUCACACAUACUUUCUCAGAGUAUUAAUAUUUUGAUGCAUGUGAUUCACAAUAUUCUAAUUAUGUUUGUUUGUUUGUUUUCUAAAAAAUACUGCAAAACACUGCAUUGUGAUAUCUCUAAGAGAAGGCAAGAGGUGUGGUUGUCUGUGCAUACAUGUUUCUUCAGCCGUUCAUGUCACAACUUUUUUGUAUGCGAGGAGAAAGAAGACACCAUAACACAUU